AAUGACGCGCCCAGAGAACAUGUGGUGAGCCGCUUUUACACUGGAAAAAACGUAAAAAGCAGUUAUUAAACAGGUGCACUUGUGAUAUGACAGUUUCCAAAACUCUCCCAACCUUGAAAUUUUAACUUUACUAACUGCGAAAUGUCAAACUAAAAAAUAACAGUAAUUAUUAUGUUAAUAAAUUGUAGAUGUAAUAUUUUUGUAAACUUUGUAAAAAAAUUGUGCAGCGGUAAUUUAUUGAAAUGCAUAUUAGAGCAUUAAUUUUUUGGCUAGUCUUUAACAUAUAUUGGAGUGAUGUAUCAUCAGAUGAAUAUGGAACUACUGAACACGCAGACGGGCAGAGAGCUGCUAAAGAUAAUCCAAAAAGUACUUUUUCGAAUGAAUUAGCACCUACUAUUGACGGUGCUUACGAUACUUGCAGUAUCGAUGAUUUUGCCUGUCUGGCUAUGGCUCAAAGUGAUAGACUAGGACUAGAAGCUAUAAAAUCGUUACAUAAACAGUUGGAUGAUGAUCAGGAUGGUAAUAUAGAUUUAUCGGAAUCUGAUGAUUUUCUAAAAGAGGAAUUGAAAUAUGACUCGGGGUAUGAAAAAAGACAAAAAAAUUUUCAUCGCAAUGAUGAUAUGCACAUUUCCGUUAAAGAAUUAUGGGAAGCAUGGCUAAGAUCUGAAGUCCAUAAUUGGACAGUGGAGCAAACGACUGAUUGGCUAACAACUUGUGUAGAACUGCCCCAAUAUGCUCCCCAUUUUAUUAAUUACAAAGUAACUGGUGCCAAUUUGCCAAGAUUAGCUGUAAAUAAUGCAAACUAUUUAGCUGUCCUUGGGAUCAAAGAUCCAAUACACAAACAAAAAAUUGCCUUGAAGGCAAUGGAUGUAGUUCUUUUUGGACCACCUAAAGAUGUGCCUCACUGGAAAGAUUUAACCUUAAUAUUUUUAACAAUCGUUGGUGGCCUUGGCGUCUGGUAUGCCUUUCAACAAAACAAAAAGUUCAAGAAUCACUUAAAUCGUAUGAAUAAGGAUAUGGACAGCUUGCAGAAUGCUGAAAAAGCAUUAGAAAAUCUUCAGAAGGAAUUAGAGGAAGCAAAGCAAGUUAAAGAAUCUGUGAUAACGGAAAAGCAGAAUUUGGAAAAGAAACUCCAGGAUUCCAAAACCGAACUGAGUUCACUCCCGAGUUCUUACUCUGAUUUGGAGGUUUCGCAGCUCAAAGCUGAAAUCGAAAUGCUCAGAACAGAGCUGCAAUUAGCGGAAGGGGAGCUAAAGGACAGAUGUUGGGCUCCCCCUCUUGGCUUGCAGCAGUGGCUGCAGUUAACACACGAAAUAGAGAAUAAAGCUUACAAUAAAAAGAAAGUAGCUGCUGAGAAGCAACUUCAACAAGCCAGAGAAGCUUGCGAAAAGCUGAGAAAGAAACGAUCCAGCCUUGUAGGUGCCUUUGUGUCAACGCACGGAAAGUCGAUAGACGAAGUAGAUAGAAGCAUCGUAGAGGCUCGCACUGCACUAACUGAAGUGACUCAGGAACUGCAGGAGCGAGCGUACAGAUGGAAGCAGAUCGAAAUGCUCUGCGGUUUUAAUAUAAUUAAUAAUAAUGGAUUUAACUUCUUAGAAAAUGUCUUAUAUCGUGGCGUAAAUGGACGUGGAAUUGGACUCCGAGGUCGCAUGAGCAGCACUGAUGACUUGGAUGAUGACACUGGGUCUCUUUAUGGUAGUUACCCAGGGUAUAUGGACUCGGGCCAAAUGUCAAUACACUGGAAAGAUGGGGACUCUUCGAGCAGUGAAACUAGUAAACAAGACGAUGAAGGAUUGCCUGGGGUGAAUGAUGUAAGGGGCUCGUCUCGCAAUAAUGUACAAUUUUCUGUUGGGAGUGAAGUUUCACCUUGGCCAGAAGAGACGAUCCAACCUUAUAUUCCUCCCAGAAAUAAUGUGGCAAAGCUUUCUUCGCACCCGAAAAGUAUUAGCCAAUCAAAUAUAGCAGUAACUCCUCUACCUAAAACAGCGCCAAUUACCCGUUCCUGCUCUCAGGACAUCAAUAUAGGCAUUGUAGAUUACGUGGUGCCUAAAAACUCACUGUCCGAUACCUGCAUAGAUGCCAACAAAGUUUUCAAACCUGUUCCUAUCAGGCCUAUGACAAUUAAAGAGCAACCGUCUAUGUCAAUAGAGGACGAUAUCUGCUCUACGGACUCGUCUGUAUUGGAUGAGAGUGACGGUAAAAAGAAGAAACGAAAGCUGUUUACCUUCAGCAAAAAGAGUAAAAAUAAAGGCGACUGACUGUUAGUUACAAAAUUAGGGUCACAUUUUAUUUAUCACUAAAAUAAAUUUGGCAAAUACCUUCCUUUAUCUUUUUAAAAGUAUUUUUUUUUUCGAAUCAUGUACAGAAACAUGCCUUUUCUUUGCUUAAUUUUAUCGUUAGGUAAAAGCUUUUCUUAAUAACAAAUCUGAUUUUUUUUUAAUUGUAAGACCAGCAACCGUUUAAUUUGGGUAGGUGUACUAGGGAGUAGACUAGCAUCUUAAAAUGGAGAGUUGAUUAAAGCACAAUACAUAUAUCGUCUUCCAAUCCAAUUCAAAGUGUAAUCUUUUUUCAACUUGUUUUGAGGAGUGUUUUUUUCUCCCGAUAUUUAAUUAUAUUCCAGCUUAAAAUUAGGUACUUAGAAUAGACUUUCGGAUUAUCCAGAGUUUUUAAUAAAUAUUUCUUCGUUCUUAGUUGGUACUUAAAAAAUAUUAACACUUUUUUUCUUACAAUCAUUAGUACUUAAUUUUAACAUCCUUUUAAUGGUUGUGAUUACAUUAGGAGGCGUCUUAACUAAAAAAAUCGAAUACCCCUUUCAUUUUAAUCUCAGUAUUUGAUUUAUAUGAGUAUUUACGAGACAUUAUAUACUUUUUUGUAUUUGCCUGGAAAUUCAUAAAAACCUUAUGAUUAUGUCUUGAAAAAUAAAAUGGGGAUUUAGAGUU